UUUUUUCUGUAAAUACUUUUCGUAAACAUCAUUGGGAUUUCAUCUCCUUUUUCAUUGUAUCUCACCAAAGUUAUCUCUGUGGGGGAUGACGUCCAAACCAACAAUACAUAUUGCUGGUGCUGUGCUUUCCUCACUUUUGUUCGAAUGCGCUAAUGCGCUCACUGACUUUCAAGGGAUUCUGCUUGGUACAUCGAUUCAGACAACCAACCAUACCUUGAGUGACAAUGAAGAAGGUCAAAUAGCUCAUACCAACGUCAGCCUUGUAAUCCAAGGUUUUCGUCGUCUCCGUCAUCGCAUUUAUAACCCUCAAGGCGACGUCGAUUUCGACCUUUUCCAAAGCGAGAUACAACCUGCGGAGCCGUAUGCUGUUGUUGGAUUUUUCCACUUUCGACGACAAACGGAAUUAUCGCUGUCCGUGCGUGAACAGCUGAUCAUGCAUAAUCUCGCCAGUCGACUGGAAACCGUCGAAUGUAUCGCCAUUUUCACCUCGUCGCCCAGUUCGGAUACAGACAAUCGGUCAACCCACGCUUAUGACUUCGGCUUUUGGCACGCUUUUGAGAACCAGCAUAAAUUACCAGUCAUUGUAGAGAACAUGGCAGAUAUAACACAGCAUUACCAGCAUUUUACGUCCAUUGGCCCAGCCGCGCCUCUCCGUUCAAGACGACACAGCCCUCAGCGUCCUCCUUUCCCCAGCAUUCAGCCCCACCAUGUCACUCAACAUUACGACCAAUUGUUCCAAGAGUCAUUCUUCUCAUUACAGGAAUCAACUCGUGUAAUCGAAGAAAAGGAACGCCAACUCGCCAAAUUACGUGAAGAAGUAGCCGCCCUAAGAGAAUCCACCCUCCGAUCCGCAUAAUCAAAAAGUUUUUUUUUUUUUUUUUCCCCAAUCAACUGAAUGAUCCACCUUUUCCUUUGUUCCCGGCAAAAAGAUUCCAUUGACCAAUUUUUACAUGUGUAUUCAGCAAGAAAAGAGGAUAUGUUCUAGUAAUUUAAUCUUCAUCCCAGUGACCCUGCUUCUUGGGUGGUUUGGGACCUCCAGCAGGUUUAGACAUGAUGAUCUAUUUAAAACAAAAUAAAAAAUAACCGUCAACAAUUGGAUCCAGUACACCUUCAUUGCCUUGCUCGUGCUCUUACCUGAUCCACUCUGAGCACCGUCA